CAUCCUUCCAGAAAAAUGGUUGUCGCAGCUGACACUUGGCCAAUUCAGAGUUUUGAAAUUCCGCCCCGCCGAGUGGUCAACUUUCUCCCUUGACUCCUUGAGAUCAUUCGAUCGCAUGUGCGACUGCGACUCCUUUUUUUUCUUUUUUCUCCCUGUGUUUCCCCCCUGUUGUCUCUCUCCCACUCCCCAGGUACUUGGUAUGUUACUGCGGUUAUCUAUUUGAUGAAUUCAGCGUUGUCUGCCUCAUCAAUAGUCUUUGCUUCAAGUCAAAAUUCAUAUUUAUGCACUCGCUGUACUUGGUCAGGUAAUUGCCAGCCAAACAAGCCUCUAGGUGCACUUUUUGUUGCCAAGUAAAUUUUCAAAUUGGAUGGUGUACAUAUCUGAUCAACUCCUUGUCAAUGUAUUUGCAUACUCGUCCGAACGAUUCCAAAUACAGACUAUAUACAUUGGAAAUAUACCUACCUACCUAGGUGGGUAGGCAGGUACAUAAGAAACAUAGUGUACAAGCAGUGCUCUACAAUCAUCUCAGGAGUGGAAAUGAAAGCAUCUAAAAGCCUGCAUACUAGGCUGCAUCAAACCUAACAAAACUCUCAGUUCAGCUGUGUAACCCCAUCAUCUCUAUGUCUGUCACUCAAGCUCACUAUCAUCUACCAUCCCAUUCUUUCCCAAACGGUGUCUCAAACUUGGGAGCAUUUGUUUGGUUUUUGAACAUGGCCAAUGCACUUUCCAUAUGGUAGCUGGAGUUUUCUCCAAAGGAAGGCACCAGUGUUGCUUAGCAUAGAGAUGAAUGUGGCCUGCCAAACAGUUGAGGUGAGUGCCUACCAAGGUAUCCUUAGUUCUAUAGCUUGAACCUGGCUCUCGUAGUUUAACACGGUACCUUAUCUACCUACCUAUUUACCUAGGUAGCCAAUCUUGCAGUUACUGUAUUGGAGGUAUUCGAGAAGCUUGGGAGACAAGGAAUCCCUCUUUGAUGCAGCUGUAUCUGGAGUCUGCUAACUUUAACGUUCUUGGCCCUCAAGGCCAGACCGCCGCGGCAACACUGGUGCGUGGAAGACAGCGAGGCCAUUGUGGCCGGGCCAACAAGACGAAAGCAAUGAACGCUGGCACGACGAGACAAAGACGGUAUCAAAACAUUUCGGCCCCUCAGCGCUGAAAUAAGGGCUAGAUCACGAUAUGUCGCAUCUCGAAACCCAAUGGUAGCAAUGUCACCGUCAUGCUGCCGACCGUCACCAAACUUCAUCAUCAUACACCGAUAAUUCCUCUCUCGAUACGGAAAUCGCAACCUACUCUGGAUACGCCACAAAUUAAGGAGUGACAGUACUUGACACACAAGGCCUUGAAUAGUGGAACAAGGGGGCUCACUUGCAUUUCCUCUAUGAUUUUAAUGGCUUUCGCCUCCUGACUGUCGUACGGCAUAGAAGAAGCAGGAUACAAGACGACUCGAUCGGGAGAUGUCAACAUGCAAGACAUAGCCUCCUGUGAAUAACACGGCUGAAACAAGGGGUACUGCAGUUCAGCAGAGUUGGCGGCGUAAAACAUCGGGACGACCUGCAUUUGCCACACUCCACGAAAAAGAGCCACUGCAGCCGUAAAUGAGUACGACUUGCCCACGAAUCUGUCACAAAAGCAAGGUGCCAUCACUAGUCGAGGAAACAACGAGAUCACCAAAGCCAGAGCGUCAGGAGUAUCAGGACAGACACGAGACAUAUCAUGACAGCACAUCGCCCUUUUACUGUGUGAGACCCGGAAGCGGUCGAUUCUUCCUAGAAGUCAACGAGCACCUAGGAGCUGGAACCAGCCAAUCAAACCUCGAGAAGAAGCACUGAUACCAGUACAACUGAUUGGAUACCGCCUGUCUAGCUACUUAGGCACCCAGGCUUCCUAAAAAAUACUCUUGGUAUGUAACUUGGCCAUCUGUCGGUAGCAUGGACGACCCAGAAAACUCAUUUCUUUUCACAUUGGAUAUCCGGCCCCCUGCCGACUUUGAUGGCCAUCUCGAAGAAUCCAGCUUUGAUGAAAUAAGGCAGAUCAAACCAGGCAGAGGCGCCAUCUUCGAUGGUUUCCGGGGUCCAUUCCCAGAAGGUCAGAGCGGCGCACCCUUCCUCCUCAUCUCGCAAGCUCUUUUCGACGUUGUCGGUCUUCCAAUGCCGGAUGUUGUAGAUGUUUAAUCUCAUAGCGAGCCGAAAUCGUCGUACUGGUCACAUUUUGCUUCCGGCUCCGAGGGCGGUGGUGGAGGAGGUGGUGGAGGAGGUGGUGGUGGCUUUGGAGGAUCAGGCUCGUUCCAGUCAUAAUUGCUGCCACCACCUCCACCUCCUCCAUUACCUCCACCACUGCCAUGACUGCCGCCUUUGGCAUCGAGUGGUGGACUGGGGCAAGCAUCAUCACCGAGGUAGUAGCACAGGUCACCGUUGCCGGCGCCGCCGCACCCCAUGUACAAAAAGGCACUGGGGUCAAGAAAACUACCACCUGCAGCACUGUUUUGCUGUCGAGCAGCUAGGACGGGACGUGGACGUGGAUGAGGUCCUAUAGUGCCACUCAUAGGGCUACUGCUCAGCUUGAGAAGCGCAUGAUCCACUGCUGUUUGGUUGCGGUAGUUAGGAUGCCUGCGCGGUGCCUCGUGCGGCUGCGACUCAUGUCCUGAGUCGACCUAUACACGGUCGCGUCGUCUCUUUCUAGUAGCCGGCCGCCCGGAAGGACCGUUAUACCCAGGGAAGCUGUCGCACAUGUACCAGUUGAACUCUUCAUCGCCCUCGCGCCGGUCAAAGCUUCCGCCUAGGGCGUGUGGGGCCCACUGUUGGCCGUUCCAUAUCUUUCUUCCCGGGGACGGAUACUGACAGUAGGCACUGACGGUCUCGGUGGUGGCGGUCGAUGUCACGGUGCCGCCAGCGCUGGUAUGGUACUCAAUCGUCUUGUUGAUGAGCUUGUUGUCCCACCAGCGUUUGUUGGGACUUCGUUUCGGGUUUCCCGACCCGAAUGGAUACCCUUCAACCUGGCAGUCUAUCAAGGCUCAUCCGUCGAGGCUAUCUGGGCUGGCGCCGGCCCUUCGGGUCGUUUGUAAUGAUAAAAUGGGGCGUAAGGAUGCUGGGCGUGAGCCAAAGCACGGUUGUAUUGUGUUAUUGCCGACAUGCUUGUUUCAGAAGGGGAUUCCAGUUGUGGUCAGGGGCGGGAUUGUCAGCGUUGUUGUUUGCACGGUACGCUGGAGGGCCGUCGAUGUUCGUGUGCUGCCGGCGCUGUUGGUCGUCGUGACCGUGGCAGUCCAGACGACGGCAGGUGAGGUUGUGUACGGCGGGAGGGUGAGGGUGGUCGUCCCAGAAACCUGGAAUGGGGGCCAAAUGAUAUUGCAUGGCGUUGCGCACGUUACUGUAGGGCUGCCUUGGCUGUAGAUUUCUGGCGCCACAAAGAGCUUGCCCCCGUAGUUGCAGGCGCCCUCUGGACAUCCGGUACUGGGGUGGUUUUCUUGCAAAUCAACGGCCCAGUCAAUUGCGUCUGUAAAGUUCAUGCCCAAGCAUCGAGCUCUGCGUGCGGCCUUGGUCUGCUCCGAGGUCAGCAAGCAGGCCGUUGCAUAUUGGAGGCGCCUGUUUCUGUCUUAGCAUGACUGCGCAGACAGUUGCCGUUGGGACAUGCCGGAUACACAAACUUGCUGGCUUUCCUACUUUCCCUACGCCCUUGUUAGCAGUCUUUCUCAUUCCUUUGGAGCUGCGAGUCUCUUGACCAUGUUCUUGAUCCCCACCCCAUCUGCAUCUGCCAUGAUAUUGCCGAGACCAUCUUGAGCACAGGACCUUUCCUCAUCACACGCUGUGCCACAGUUUCUAAUGACCACGAGAUGAUUGUACCCGAUAUUGCAGCCCAUCUGAGUUCUUGGCCAUGAAGCCUUUACCCAGGUUAUGCGUUUUACAUGAGGCAGUUAUAACUUGGGUGGUGGUAUUGCAUUUGGUGAGACAGUUUCUGACCGCUUCUGCGAGGGUUUGUUUUGCACAACGUUAUGUAGAAGCGUAGUAGUGUGUAUAGUGCUUGAUGCUCUUGGUGUAGUAUUCGUGUGCGUGAUUCGCUUCGCCUUGUGAACGAGGCACAGCGGACGGUUAUUUGUUUGUUAUUCCCGUGCCGUGGCUUGCGAGCAGAGGGCAGCAGAGCAUGCCGGGGGACGCAGGUGCCGUAUCCAAGACGCUGGAUAAGUUCCUAAGCAAAGGACUGCGGGCUGUUGAAUUGUUUCCGCGCAUAUCCCUCGCGACGGCUGCUCGUCUGCCGGCGCCCCUCUCUGCGCCGGUUUGCCAGUGGGCCCAGGGGCUCUUUGUCGGCCUGCUGGCCCGGAGGCUUCAGCUGCUGGCCAAGUCAGGGGCACCAAGGACAGGCUCGGAGCUACAGCACGCUGAUCCGUCCCACAUCUGCGCCCGCGGCCGCGGCGUGCGUCCUGCUCGCGUGCCUCGUUCGCAUCCCCCAACAUUGCUUCGGGGGCAUGCGCCGCUUCUCGACCACGUCCUGGGGCUUCCCGUGUUCCAUCGUGUCGGCCGGCGCGCUAGGGGGCCCGACGUGGCCGAUCUGGCGGCUUCGUACUUGCUGCUAGCCGCGGGCCGGAUCGCGUGGGUGGCCAGGCGUGGCGACCGGCGGCUCCACCGCCGGGAGACGGGCAGAUACCUCUCCGUCGUGGGUGGCGGGAAGCCUUGGAUUGUGGAUCGGGAGUUGGGGAGGUUGAUGGGUGAGGACGACAGGUUCCUGCAGCUCGAGGUCGGCACGUGGAUCCUGGAGCGCCGAGACGGGCCAGAGGCCAAUGCCGGCGCCUUUCGUCCAUACCAUCCCGUCUCUAGGUGCUACCUGGCCACCAGCUUCCGCACACAUGUCGACCGCGGUCGCUCUGGGAUCAGCAAUGACACCGUGGCUCAGGUCAUUGGGCGUGUUUCCGAGGCUGUUUGCACGCGUGGGGUCAUUAGUGAUGCGUCAGUGCUUGGUGUUGUGAAAGGCCAUGAUCCCGUCCGGCACAUUUCCUGGGACCGGUCGGGCUGGCGUGGUCUGGGCCUCCUCGGCUUGCCGGACGAGCCAGGCCAGGGCUUCGUGGUUGCAGGACUCGACGCGCGUGCGGAAGGGUGAUAGCGCCGCUGAUAGCUCUUGUCUCAUCGGGGAGCGGUCCAUGCUGUUGAGGGGUUGUAUAUGUUGGCGAUUAGACGAGGGUGAGUUUUGACGAGGGGGGAGUUGUGGUCUGGAGUUGGUGGUGAAUGGAAGAAUGUACUAAAAUGCCGUCUCAGGUCCCUAAUAGCUAUUUUAUGUCUGUCAGAUAUUAUAGUGUAAAGGUUGUC